ACAAUAACUUCUCUCAUGUAUGCCCUGUGGUUCAAAUGCAGUACUCUUCUCCGUCUACGAGUCACAAAAAAACAGACAGAAAGACUGUAAGGAUGGCAGAGGAUGAGGUUAACUACGCAUCAGUUGUAUUUAAAUCUAACCAACAACAAAGAUCAGAAGGCAAUCUUUCAGUUAAAAAGGAGGAAACAGUGUAUGAUGAAAUGAAGGUGCAAAAUAAGGCAACAGAACAAACUCAGGACACAAAUGCCUCUACAGAAUUCUUGUCUGACAAGAAAUCAAACCGCGGAUGUCGCCACUAUCAGCAGUUGGCUUGUUGUUUGGGCACGCUUUGUAUAAUUUUGGUGUUGGGCAUCAUAGCAGUCGUUGUCUAUCAGGUGACAAACCUGACUGAAGAAAACCGGAACCUUAAAAAGAAAAAUGAGGAGCUGGAGACUCAGAAUGAGGAGCUGGAGACAGAGAAGGAAAACCUAACAGAACAAAUACGAAACUUGACGACAUCAGGGAAUGAGCUCAAUGUUAGUCGAGCCCAGUGGAGCAUUGAUGCCUACUGUCCCAAGGACAAGAACAAUAACAACCGAAAGUGUAAUGUUUGUCAGGUUGGCUGGCUUCCCUUCCAGUCAGGCUGCUAUGCAAUUAAUGAUGCUGAACUUCCUGAGCAGAAAACCUGGGAAGGUGCUCGAGGAGACUGUAUAGGAAAGAGUUCAGAUUUGGCUGUUGUGGAUAAUGAAACAGAAAAGAGUUAUAUCAGUGGCAACAACUGGUGGAAUUCAGGAAACAGUGCAUACUGGAUUGGUCUGAGAGUCGAAGGUGGGAACUGGAAGUGGGUGGAUGGAAGGAAUCUGACUUAUACCUCCUGGAUCACAACGUCUCCUACUGAUGGUCACUGUGCAGUUUCUGUGAAAAAUGAAUUUAAAUCAGUGAGCUGUGAUGAGAAGAACGGAUGGAUCUGCAAGAAGAAAGCUUUAACUCUUUGAAAACUGCAGUAAAAUGUCACAAGACUGCUGGAUGUUCUGAAAAUAUAAUAUUAUUAUUGUUCUUAUCAGUAAAAAUAGAAUUAAUUAUAUAAAUAUAAUAAAAUAUGAACACUG